AUGCCAGGGCCAUGGAGUAGAGAAGCACCGAGGUUUAGAGGGAAGAAGGUGAAGAAGUUUCUGUAUGAGUUCGAGUUGCAGGCACGGAGUGCACAGCUGUCGAAUGUGCAGAAGUGUGAAUACGUUGUUUCAUACUGCACGGAGCGGGAGGCGAAGUUUAUCAGGACACUCACCUCGUUUAAGACUAAGCUUUGGAGUCAGCUCAAGUCGGAGUUACUGAACUUCUACCCUGCAGAGCACGAAGAUCGAGUAUAUCGGAUGCGAGACCUUAGAAAGUUCGUCAAGAAAGACCGCAAGAUUAGACACCGAUCUCAGUUCGACGAUUAUUGGCGGAAGUUUCAGGUAAUGGCCUCUUCACUUGAGGAGAGAGGAGUUCUCCACACGGUGGAGCGCGACAAUUGCUUUUUUAGAGGAAUAAAGCCGAAGAGUUUCAGAAAGCUUAUCAAGCACGAGUUGAAAGCGCAGGGUAGAUGGACGGACCUUACGAAGCCCCCAUCGAUGAGCCAAGUUGUUGCGAUGGCGAAGCAUCUGCUGAAGCAUGACUUGUAUCGCGACGACGAUUCAGAUAUUGAUUCGGAUAGUGAUGAUGACGGAUCAAAUAGUGAUUCGGAGUCGAGUUCGGGUAGUAGUGAUGAGAGUUCAGAUGCGGAGUCGACGGAUGAUGAUAGAAUGAGGCGCAUGGUUCGGAAGUGCCAAGAGGUAGUGAAGAAGGUACCAGUGAAGAGAGUCCAGAAGAAGUCGCCAGCGAUGGCAGAGACGUCGAAGUCUGUGGAUAAGAAACCAGAGCCGCCAGUUGCAGCUCCUAGAGUCGAGCCGGAUGCGGGUUUCAAGUCCAACAUGGACGAUCUGGCGGAUAGGAUUAGCAAGCUGACGAUUCAACUUGCUAGAGUGCAUGAAAGACCUAGAGUCAGACCUCAGGUGUCCACGGGCGGAACGUUGAAGUGUUACAUGUGUGAGGACGAGGGGCACGGAGUUAAGGAUUGCCCCGAGACGAGAGCAUUCUUAGCGGCGGGUGUGUUGAAGCUCGAUGCCACCAAUAGAUUGGUUAUGGCAGAUGGAAGUAGGCUACCCCAUGCUUUUGGAGAAGAGAAGUUAGCGCAAUUGAUAAGACAGAAAGCUGCGAUGCGCACCACAGCCAACUUAGAAUGGAUGCGCAAGUCUGAGACAGCGAUUCACGAGUUUGGAGGGUUAGGAGAUGCUGUGUACGAAGUGUUUCCAGCCGAGAGAACGGAGAAAGAGAAGGGGAGGUCGGUGAGAUCGAAGCCAUAUGAACGGCCGAUGAGUCCUCAACCACCUCCACCCCAAGUUAGAUCGAUUCCGCAAGAUGAGUUGAGAAAGAACGCAGCGCCACUGAGUCAGGUGUAUGUUGAACUGCCGGCUAAGCCACCGGUGAUUCUUAAGAGACCGUCUCCAGGGUCGAGUAGUCCAUCAAGAAUGGAUGUAGAUCGAGAAGAGCCACCUUCGCGAGACAAGGGAAAGCAAAGAGCUGACCCUCAGGUUGCGUCGAACCCGAGAGCAGUUUCCAGCUCGAGUAAGACUAAGAAGUUGCCUGAGAACGUUGAAGUGCAGGACCCGAAGCGGGCGAGUUUCAGACAGAAGUCAGUUCCAGCUUAUCGAUUUGCUUCAGAGUUGCAAGAACGCGUCAAGAACGACGACUUGUUCGAGUGUUUGAUGGACCAGAAUGUCACCAUUCCGUUGGGAAUGAUCUUUGGGACUUCUUACAAACUCAACAAAUGCUUGACAGCUGCAAUGAAAAUUCAUAGAAUUCCUACGAGACAGACAAAUGUGGUAGAGUACAUGAUGGACGAAGAAGACGAAGUAGAAGUGGAAGUGAAAGCGAUGAACACAGAGGUUUCAUCGAUUUCGAAAGAGGUAGCCAACCUCGACGCGGAAGUUAAGGAUGACGAUGAUCGGGCCAAGUAUACUUCGGCCCAGAGUGAUUCAGUCAGUAAGACGGAACGGGCAGACGGUUUCACCAUCUGUGUCAACGUAGAUGCAGAGAUUGCGUCAGCAGAUCGAGUAGUGCCGAGAGUUUUGGAACUAGGAAGUGAUGAGAAACUUACACGGACGAUUGAGCACGGCCUUCGUCGUAGUCCAUGUGUGAUGCGUGCGGAGUUGACGAUUGACUCAGAGAUUAGGGAAGAUGUCGUGAUUCCAAGUGUGGAUUCGAGUUUUGAUGACGGACGGGCAUCGAUUGCCAACCUAGAUGGACACGAAAGUCAAGUUAGUAACGAGUCGUUUGAACGGAUGAGCAGAGACGAUGAGUUUGACUGCGUACGAGAGCAAUAUGACACGGAGUCACUGGCCAGCGGAGAUGAAGUUAGAAUUGGAGAGUGCGCGAUCGUCCCUGCACCAGAGUCCCCAGGCAAUUCGAUUGAUGAGACGAUGGAUUUAGACGAAGUUCACAGUAGUCAGAUCAGACCGCAGGAAGGAAGUUACGAAAUACCGUUUAAGUUUGACGACGACGAGUCGAGUACGAUGAGCAGCGGCCACGAUGGCACCUCAGAACGAGUUUUUCUUGGUACGAUGGAGUAUGAGACCAGCAACGAAAGUUCAUUGGAUGUGAUGGCAGCGGACGCACCCAGAUCACGUGAGUUUGAUGUGAUCGAGUCUGCAAUGCCAGAGUGUUUGCCUCAGGCGAAAGUUGAGCGAGCGAUUCAUGUUCAGACAGCGACAACUGAGCGAGAGACAAAGUCAAGAGAGCUUAGGCCUCCCAGCCUUCGCUCUAGCAUAGUCGAAAUGCAUGAUGAGUGCGCGGACAGUUCAGAGUUCAGCGAUUCAGGUUACAGCGAGCAGGACGUUGAGUUUAAAGAGCUAAGGCCUCUCAGCCUUUGCUCAACUGUGGUUGAGGAGUCCCUCAGCUUCAGUCCUAGCGAGUAUUUGUAUCAGACAGUUGACGACGACGAGGUUAGAGAUGAGAUUAGAGCGCAAGUGUCUCAGUCGAAAGAUCCUCCGGCAAUGUGGAGUGACUUGUGGAAUCCGUACGGCCCAUGUGGUUACUUCAUGCCCUGGCACUCCUUCCCGAUCGUCAUGGAUUCAGAGCAGAAAAGUUCAGAUCAGAUGUUAGGAUUGGGUGACCCAGAGAUAGAAGUUGUAGCGCCCUCGGAACCGAAGCUAAGCGCAGCGCAGCCACCAAUUCAGAAUGGCGGCAACGUGAUCGAACUUGUUGAGACACAGACUAUGCCAUCUAUGGAGACGGUCUCAGAUGAGAACGGGAGCAUAAAAACGCGCAGUUUUUCUUUUGAGUGCAACAUGGCAGAGAGCAGUCACCCCAAUGACUCAGGGAGAGUGAACGCUGCGAGAGCCUCUAAGCCAGACAGGAAUUAUCCAAUGCAACGAGGAUCUGCGUACCAGAAAGGAAGUCGUGGAUUAGGAGGACUGUCAGGUCCGCCCCAUCUUCGACCUCCUGUACCUGGGCGAAAUUCCUCACCUCCUAGAAUCACGCCCACGGAGCCUAAGUUUGAGCGUGAGAUAGCUCAGAAGAUCGAUAAUGGACCCAUCUCCUCCUCGCCGAAGUCGAAAGAGAGAACGCCAGAUCUGAACACGAGUAGGCGAGCGAAUAAGAGGAGGCGGGGCAACUCACCUAAGGAUGGUGAUUGGAAGAAGCGCGAUGGACCGUGGACGGCGCGGGCCUCCCCACCGACUGAUGAGCCGAAGGACGAACGUUCCUUUGCCGACGUGAUAAGAGAGGAGCAACAACGAGAGAAAGAGGACGAGAAGAAGAGGCAGGCAGAUGAUGAGAGGACGGCAGAGAAGAACAAAGUUAGGGAGUCACUGAAGCGGGCCCCCCACAUGCCGAUGAUAGUGGCCAGUAGAGACGUUGUGGACUGUAUUGUGGAGGCUAGGGAAUGGACGGACGAGUUACUGGAGAUGGGGCGGAACUUCAAGAGUGAACAUGAUGAGUGGGUUAAGCUUUUAUACGAAGCCUUGAAGGAACAGGAAACUCUCAUUUACCAUCUCAACGAGCGGACUAUGACGUUGAUGGGUGGACUUAGGGAAUCGGGCACGAAGAUCCAACUCAUGCACGAUCGGUUCCAGCUCCAAUUCACGAGAACGGCAGAUGCGGCACAUGCGGUGGAGAAGAUGUUCACUGCAACUCACGAAGGAGAGUUGACGAAUGACGAUUAUUAUUUCAUCGUCCUGGAAUGUCUAGGGGUAAUGCAACGUAGGAUAGGAGAUGGAAUCUCUACGACGGAUUUUCGAUACCGCAACUUUGUUGCAUACACGCGGUUGUUAUGGGAUGCGUGGGGGACGAUAUUCCCACUCCCUUCCAUCCUACCACCCAUGGACUAUACUGAGUUGGACUUGGCGCAAGAGCAGUUUCGUCGGGAGAGGUCGGCAGAACGAGAGAUGGAGGCAAGGAGAGUUGUGAGGUGGUGCACACCCUGUCAUUGGAUUCCGAUCCAUGUCUGGGUGAGUGCCGAAUAG